AAAUUUCUAUUUCGAGAUAUUUUGAGGUUUGCCGACCAAUUUUCACAAACUAAGUAACCUAAAGUAACUGAAAAACAUUUUCAUUACCGUACUUAAACGUACUAAGAUAAUUAUUUGAUGUCAGUAACUUUCCACUGAAAUGAAUGUUGUGAAUAGUAGCAAAUAAAAUUAUUUUGUAACAAUUGUAUCUUACGAUGCGAGUGAUCGUAAAUGUUUGGUUGUACCAAUGUCCUUUUACGAUUUGCUAUGUUAGCGAGGAUCUCUUCCUUGUACCAGAGGAGAGAAUAUACAAAUCUUUAGGUUUAAAGACUGGAGACUGUUGUGAAAUAGGAAUGGAUGCUGAUAAUGUCAAGAAAAAUGUAUUAAAAUUGAAAAUAGAUGCAACUUUUUUGCUGCCAUUCGUGAAAGCCUGCAUGGGCUCAGAUGUCUUCCGAAAAAAUUUAUCAUACAACUUAAACAGCAUCUGCGAGUUCCCAAGGCACGGGACCGUAGUCCUCAAGUUAAUACUUGAACCACCAGAUAAAGAAAUAAUUGAUUACGCUUGGAAUGAAAGGAUCGUUAGAUUAGUUUGGAUGAGACUAGAAAUAGAAAAUGCCUUUUCUUGGUUAUCUACUUUAGGUGGUGCUUACUCUGCCUUAGGAGACUAUUUUGAAGACUGUGCAGAAGAAGCAGGCAGAAUAUCUAUAAGACAAUACAAACUAUCGAAAAUGUUAGGAGACGAAAGCUUAGCGGCCCGGAGUAGACUAUAUUCAGCACUGUCAUACUCACAGAAAGGACAUUUACAUUUAUCAAGGCAUAUAGUACGCAAUGUAGCCGAGUUCGCUAGAAUAACGAAUGAUAAACGUUUGUUCAGAAUGUGCCAGGGAGUUUGGGCGAAAUUAAAAUAUUUAAAGUCACUAAAGAAACAGGGUAAACACCAUGUGAAUGGUAAGAUUAGUGCGUAACAUGAAUUUUGUGAAUUUUCUAGUUUGCAUCUGAUGAAAUUGUAGAAAAUCUUGAAAAUUUGUUUUCUUCUUUUCUUCUGUAUCUCGUUUCUUUGUAGUCCAUGGAUAUUUUUAGAACUUCUAUUAUUACCUACGUUUUAACCCUUUGACUGCGAUGUGGGUCAUCGGUGCCCUAAGUCGAUUUCUGUUACUAAAGCGCCCAAAUAUAUAGUAGACUCGGAAAAACGAAUCCGAAGAUCCCAAGUAUGAAUUAUAUUUCUAAGAGACCCAAAAAUACUGAAACACAUUAAAAACAAAAGAAGGCAAAGUUAUAACAGAAAUCGAUAUCAUUACUUGAGUGGGCCACGUGGGGCACCGGUGACCCACAUGACAGUCAUAGGGUUAAUGCAGCAACUACGUCAUUCACAAUUUUUACCAUAUACUUAUAUGGAUUUGAAAGAUAAUCAAAUUUUAGAAAAAUGUCUGCAUUUUAUAUUAACAAUUAUUGGGUAAAUAUUUUAAGAUUAUUUUAAAAUACAAUCAGAGA